AUGCCCUCUUCCCGCGACCGUUUACAAACUUUUCCGAAUAAGCCCCGGGUGUUCAUCCUAAGCGAUAUCUCAAAUGAGCCGGACGAUGCCGAGUCGCUUGUUCGCUAUCUGCUGUAUGCAAACCAGUUUGAGACAGAGGGUCUUGUGGCUUGUACAUCGACAUGGAUGAAAACAAAGGUUUGUCCGCAGGACAUGCACAAGAUCCUCGAUAGCUACGAGAAGGUUGUACAAAACCUAGAUGCCCACGCACAUCCAAAUGAUCCAUAUCCAGCCGCGAAGCAUUUAAAAAGCCUGGUAAAGAAGGGCGCGGAGACGUACGGCAUGUCGGCUGUCAGCGCGGAUGUUCUACUAAGUGAAGGGGGACAAUUACUUCUCGACCGCAUCCAGACACCAUCCGAUAGACCCUUAUGGGUAUUGUGCUGGGGAGGGACUAAUGUGCUGGCAUCGGUCUUGUUGGAAAUUGAACGCACUCGGUCAGCAUCGGAGGCUGUGAAGUUGCGCUCCAAACUUCGCGUCUAUACCAUCUCCGAUCAGGAUGACACAGGCGUAUGGAUCCGCAACAAGUUUCCCGAAAUUUUCUACAUAUGCUCUGUGCAUGGUUGGUGUCAAUAUGGCCUGGCAACCUGGUCUGGCAUUUCCGGUGAACAUUGGUAUGGCUUCGACGAAGGGGGCCCCGAUCCAACAAAGAUCAGCAAAGACUGGAUUCGCACUCACAUCCAAAUUGGGCCUUUGGGGUCGGGCUAUCCAGAAUUUAUGUUUAUACCUGAAGGAGAUACGCCGACCUUUCUUUACCUCAUUCAAAACGGCCUCGGUAUUCCGGAAUGUCCCGAAUACGGGUCAUGGGGAGGCCGUUACAUCCGCACAGAUGCCAGCGGCAGUGGACUGGCGAACGGGCACUACAGCGAUACAGCAGAUGAAGUGGUCGGUUUAGAUGGACACAAACACAAGUCUAACCAAGCAACUAUUUGGCGGUGGCGCGACGCAUUUCAGAAUGAUUUUGCGGCGCGGAUGCAAUGGACACUCCCGGCAGAUUUGGGAAACUUCAAUCACCACCCCAUUAUCAGCGUUAAUGGAGACCAAGGGUUGAAGCCUCUUUUUUUAGAGUCCGAGGCUGGCUCGACGAUUCAACUCGACGCUUCAGCCACGUAUGAUCCUGAUCCUGCUGACUCUAUUGCCUUCAAGUGGUACCAGUAUAAGGACCCCAGUGCCACGCAAUGGUCUACGCACCAUGAGGUUGGCCGCCUAGAAAUUCACCCUCUCAAUCCGGCAAAAAGUAUUGUCAAGGUGGCACUACCUCCGCCAGACAGAUGCUGUGUGGAGCUCAUUAGCCGAAAAGCCGUAUCUAAGGGCCAACUCCUUCACCUAAUCCUUGAAGUUACAGACAGUGGAUCGCCACCUCUAACGAGUUAUCGGCGGGUACUCAUCCAAACGACAAAUAAACAGCUUGUGGGAGGAGGGGGGGGUGCAGAUGCCAUCGGCGAUACAAUGAAGAAUGUCGUCUAA